CCUACACUGUACACUCCCAGCCAAAUGUGCGACCUGCUCUGAUGGCUGUCCUGUCACCGUCAUUGCCGUUGCCAAACAGGGGACAGUUGACGUGAGAUCAACCAUACCUCAACGAUUGCAUUAUCAGAGUCCUAAUGUGACCUCCUUCAACCCGAUCUGUGGACCAGUGUCCGGGGGGACCACUCUGGUUAUCAGUGGUCAGCACUUGACCAUUGGGAGUCAGGCUGUGGUGACCGUGGCUGGCAGGGAGUGUACACUGCUGUCUAGACAAGGGGAGGACCUGAAGUGCAUCAUCGGCCCAUCUGCAAACAAAACGAUCUCGUGUGGGAAGGUCAAUGUCACAAUUGACUGGCACCAGGUACCCCAAAGUAAUAAGACGUUCUGUUUUACCCCGGACCCCGUGGUGGAGUCCCUCACUCCCAACGGUACCAUAGAGAGUGGUGGCAUUGAGAUUGUGGUGAGAGGGCAAGGGUUCCAGCACGUGGGGUAUGCUGAACUGGCACUGGUUCUCAGCGUGUACAACAAAGACAGCAACAAAACCCUCCAGUUUCCGUUCCGCAGUCGUUGUGACCUGACAGGCUCAGAGAACGAGUUCCGCUGCACGACCCCGAACCUUCGCAAUGUGACCCAGGUCCACUACGGCCGGAUGUUCCGGGACACGGCAGCCGGGGUGCGCCUGGUGAUGGACGGAUUUGACGGGCUAGCGAAGUCGCCGCGACUUUCUUCCAUGACUGUUUACAGAGACCCUGACUUGUUAACCACAUCGACGGAGCUCCACAUUUCAGGCAGGAAACCAUUUCUGACCAUACGUGGUGAACAUAUUCCACAAAGCCUGGGUCUCAAUCAGUUUUCUGUGACGGUCGGCAACACGACCUGCGAGGUCACCUCGGUGACACACGACAAGAUCGUCUGCGAUGCCUAUGACGUCCUCGUGAAAUACCGGGCGGACCAGGAAAACAAACACGGAGGCGGGUACGAAAUAGACGGGCAAAGUGGGAAGAAUUGGACGAGCAGCGAGAACACAACGCUUUCUGGAAAUACCACCGCAACCGCAACCACCACCAACACCACAACUGUAACGGCAGCAGCAACAACAACACUGUCCCCUAAUGCGUCGUCGGAAGCUGUCGUAGUUUCUUCUGGCCCGUGGCCCACCACAACCACUUCACGAGUUUCCUUCGACAACAACAGCUCCACACCGGAAGUGGGGCGGACUCUGGGUGACUUUUUAACGUUGAGGGGUCGAGCGGUGGGUUCAGGUUCGAGCACACCUCAGCCCCACUGGUAUGCCAUCAGAGCUCGUCGGGCUGAAAGGAGAAGAAGAAGAAGAAGAAACCGCGAACCACAACUCUAUACACUGGUGGUUAAAAUCGGCAACUACGAGAAAGAGGGGAAAGUGCAGGUGGGCCCUAGAUGGAACCAGACGGAAGUCCCGCUGGAUUCGUCGCCUUUCCUGACCCAGCCGACCAUCAUCGCCCUGGGUGCAGGGGGCGGCAUACUCCUGCUCAUGAUUGUGCUGGUGGCCGUUUGCUGUCGAGUCCACGCUAAGGCCAAGAAAGAGAGGAAACUGGCGGAGACGUUUUCCAACCUGGGCAGCUCCAAAGGGAGUGCGGAGGGUGCCGUCCCCAGCCUGAAACAGAUUCUGGAGUCGGUGGUGGAACCGGGGAGACGGGCUGACCUUGACCGGCUGAUCAUCGACCUUGACCGGCUGACCGUUGGGAACAGCAUCGGUUCUGGUAUCGGCUCAUGUUGAACUGUUGGGCCAAGAAUCCGACGUCCCGGCCCACCUUCAAGAACAUCCGCAUGGAGCUGCUCACCAUGAUAGGGGAGGAUCCGUUCAGCACCGCCCCCGCCACACCCGAACCCUCCGCCCCCUCCACCCCUGACCCCUCCCGCUGCGGCCUUGACCUCCAACCUCCCAAGUCGCCAGCGCGGGGUGGGGCGGCGGGAUCGUUCGACAAGGCUGCUCAGAAGCCGGACAGCAGCAGUGGUGGGAAAACUACGUCGCCGACGACCGGGGGCAAGAAGCCAGUACCUCUCCCGCGGGGAAUUCCUCCCAAAUCCAAGAGUUCCCAGGAUUCUGGUGCAGCAGCAACGGCGGCGAAAUUGAGACACCCGACGAGCGAGGACAACAACAACGGUGUUGGUGGUGGUGGUGUGAUGACCGCUGGGGUGGUGGGCGGUGGGAGCGAGCGGUCGGCAGCGAGGGCCAAGACUCACUCGGACAUCAUGUCGGUGCCCAAACCCAGCGUGGUGGAGAACGUGGCCAUCACCAUCCCGGCCUGCUACAAUCACCGAGAGGUCAGCAAGAGCGCGGCGGCCGACUACCUGACCCUCGUUGACAACUAUGAGGCCCCGCCAAAGUUCAGCAACCCUUUGCUGAGGUCCAAGAACAGGCAUGGCCGAAAAUCGAACCGCAGCAGGAAGGAGAAGUCGUCGGGCUCAGGGAAGGGACGAGGAGCGGCAGCGACAAGGAAUUCUGGAUAUUUGGAGGUUCACGGCAUGCAGCCGUCCAGUGUGGUGGGGGCGUUGGCGUCUCAGAGUUUUGAAAUGACCGUGCUUAGCACAGACCCCUCUGGCCACACGCGGUCGCUCCUGGUAGACCAGAGAAAUAAAGACAACACAUACUACGACCUUGAGACGUUCGACAUGGAUGACACGGACGGGGAGUACCAGUCGGACCGGUCGUCCAACGUGACCUCCAGCCACCACGACAGCUCGGUCGCCAGCAUGCUAGACAGCCGGUACUCCGCGGGGAGCUUCGUUGACAGCAGAUAUUCGUCGUCGGCUGUGGGUAGCCACCACGCCAGUGACUCAUCGCUGGGCUCCACGCCACACGCCGGCGGCGAGCGUUUGAGGGUGAGCAGUCUACACGUGCCGCAGCGCAGAACCUCGCCGCGACAGGACGUACCGGGUCGCGGCUCAACCAACGUCCUGGACAUCAGCGAGGAAUCCUCACAGCACAACUCGUAUGAAGCGACCUCUUUGUAACCUUGACCCCCCCCCCACCAGAGACCCAAGUCGCACACUGGAGAACACAAUAUCUAUAACUGCAGCACACGUAACGUGUUUCUUCUGUGUGUGCUUUGUGGGAAUUCUGUGCGUGUGGGGCUAAAGCUGUGACAGCUGAGGGUUAACACACCACCCCGACAGAUCUUACCACUACCUUCAUCUCGUCACUCUAAGGGUUAAAACACCACCCAGACGGAUCUUACAACUAUUUUCAUCUCGCCACACUUUGAGGGUUAAAACACCACCCCACAGAUCUUAUUGCUACUUUCAUCUUGUCACACAUCAUCAUCAUUGCUUUUCUCACCCUGGAUCAGGAUAUAGGCCACAAACUAACACUUUCCACCUUUUCCUAUCCCGGGCCAGUCGCUUGAUGUCACUUCAUGUCUUCCCACUUUUCUGUACAUCCAUUUCCGUGAGUCUUCUCCAGGUUCCACGUGGUCUUCCCCUUGAUGUUUAUCUUGUCACACACUAAGGGUUAAAACACCACCCCGACAUGUUACCGCUGCUUUCAUCUCAUCACACUUUAAGGGUUAAAACACCACCCCGACAGUUCUUACCGCUGCUUUCAUCUCGUCACACUUUAAGGGUUAAAACACCACCCCGACAGAUCUUAUUGCUAGUUUCAUCUCGCCACUCACCAAGGGUUAAAACACCACCCUGAGAGAUCCUACUGCUACUUUCAUCUUGUCACACAUCAUAAUCUUCAUCAUUGCUUUUCUCACCCUAGAUCAGGAUAUAGGCCGCAAACUAACACUUUCCGCCUUUCCCUAUCCUGGACUAGUCGCUUGAU